GAGGAAAAAACACCUCCUUUUCCUUCUCCUUCUCUUUCUCUUAGUCUCUGUUUUUCCCAUCUUUUACUUUCUCACACAAUACCCUUUUCUUUUUUCUCUUCCAUCUCUCUGUUUUCAGUUUUUUUUUCUUUGCUGCAUUUCAUCAAACACAAGGGGGGUGUUUUUUUUUUCUUUGUGUUUUUUGAAAUCAGUGAAAAAGUUGGUCGGAAUUAAUGGAAAUUCCGGUGAUGGGUUGUUGUUAAUGGAAGUAGUAGUAGUAGUAGAAGAAGAAUACUUCUAUUUUGCUUCUUAACCAUAAUCAUCAUGGAUUUUGAUGCCGGAAUUUCCUUGUCUGUGACUGAAGGACCUUCCUCUUUGUCACCGUCUCUCGACCAAGACACUUUGUGGCAAAUGAAUUUGAGAUCAAGGGAUUCAAUUGAGUCGGGACAUUAUCCUGUCCGUGAAGGUGAACCAGAUUGUUCCUACUAUAUCAGAACUGGUCUCUGUAGGUUUGGAUCAACUUGCCGGUUCAACCAUCCUCCUAAUAGGAAGCUGGCCAUCGCCACUGCAAGGAUGAAGGGAGAGUAUCCAGAAAGAAUAGGACAACCCGAAUGCCAGUACUUCUUGAAAACGGGAACUUGCAAAUUUGGAGCCACUUGCAAAUUUCACCAUCCUAAAGACAAGGCUGGGAUUGCUGGAAGAGUUACCCUAAAUGUCAUGGGCUAUCCACUUCGCCCGAAUGAGUCUGAAUGUGCUUAUUACAUGAGAACUGGACAGUGCAAGUUUGGAAGUACCUGUAAAUUUCACCAUCCCCAGCCUUCUAACAUGAUGGUCUCCUUACGUGGUUCUCCUGUUUAUCCUCCCGUUCCUUCUGCAACAACUCCUGGUCAGCUGUCCUACCCCUUGUCUAGAGGUUCUUUUAUCCCCGGGGCACGCUGGCAGGGUCCUUCAGGUUACACUCCAUUGAUAGUACCUCAGGGAGUAGUAUCAGUUCCAGGAUUUGCAUACAGUGGUCAGAUGGGCUCAGUUUCUUCUCCUGAGGGCCAGGGACAGACAGCUGGAAAUAACCAGGUCUAUGGAACUUCACGAUCCAGUGAUCCAGUAGCCAUGGGAUCUCAAGCAGUCACUUCCCCAUAUCGUCAAGCUUCUGGUCCUAUGGGGUACUAUGCAUUGCAAGAGGAGAAUGUCUUCCCUGAACGACCUGGACAGCCUGAAUGCCAGUUUUACAUGAAGACCGGAGACUGCAAGUUUGGUGCUGUUUGUAGAUUCCAUCAUCCAAGGGAAAGGCUUAUUCCUCCUCCUGAUUGUCUGCUAAGUCCCAUUGGACUUCCUUUACGGCCUGGAGAACCACUGUGUAUUUUCUAUUCCAGAUAUGGGAUCUGCAAAUUUGGCCCAAGUUGCAAGUUUGAUCACCCAAUGACGGUUUUCACUUAUAGUAUUGCAGCAUCAUCAGCUACUGAUGCUCCUACAGUUCAGCGUUUAUUGGGUUCAUCAUCAGGAACCAGUGCAUUGAACAUGACUUCAGAAGGGCUUGUUGAAGCAGUUUCAACAAAGCCCAGGCGACUGUCACUCUCAGAAACGAGAAAGAUGCCGUCUGGUGAUAAUAACAUUGACAGAGAGGGGUGAUAUUUAUCCACCAAUUAUCAGCCAGCAUCAUUAUUUUCUAUCUUUUUGAGAAUCAAUAACAGUUGCCUGUAAAUUCUUUUCCAUCGGUGGAGAUGUACAGAAUCCAGUAAAAAUCUCAAUUUAUUCUUCUGAAAAUGCAUUUCAGUUGACAAAGUUGACAUUUCUGUACUUUCACUUUGGAGCAAUGUAUAAAUCUGCCGAUGUUGGCACAAAUUGGUGAAUCCAACUGUUAAUUAUUCAACAGCCAUCAGCCCUCUACAUUUCUCUUUGUGAAUUAAAUUAACCCCUAAUCUCCUGUAUGACCAUUGAUUUCCUCUACAGCAUCCAGCUUUUGUUAAUAUCAGAGAAGGUUGUAAUAAUCUAAA